AUGUUCACCCACACCAAAGACCGACAAACACAGUCACCCACACCGAAGACCGACAAACACAGUCACCCACACCAAAGACCGACAAACACAGUCACCCACACCGAAGACCGACAAACACAGUCACCCACACCGAAGACCGACAAACACAGUCACCCACACCAAAGACCGACAAACACAGUCACCCACACCGAAGACCGACAAACACAGUCACCCACCAAAGACCGACAAACACAGUCCACCCACACCGAAGACCGACAAACACAGUCACCCACACCAAAGACCGACAAACACAGUCACCCACACCAAAGACCGACAAACACAGUCACCCACACCGAAGACCGACAAACACAGUCACCCACACCAAAGACCGACAAACACAGUCACCCACACCAAAGACCGACAAACACAGUCACCCACACCGAAGACCGACAAACACAGUCACCCACACCAAAGACCGACAAACACAGUCACCCACACCAAAGACAAACAAACACAGUCACCCACCGAAGACCGACAAACACAGUCACCCACACCAAAGACCAAACAAACAGUCACCAAACCAAAGACCGACAAACACAGUCACCCACACCAAAGACCGACAAACACAGUCACCCACACCGAAGACCGACAAACACAGUCACCCACACCAAAGACCGACAAACAAAGUCACCCACACCAAAGACCGACAAACACAGUCACCCACACCGAAGACCGACAAACACAGUCACCCACACCGAAGACCGACAAACACAGUCACCCACACCGAAGACCGACAAACACAGUCACCCACACCGAAGACCGACAAACACAGUCACCCACACCGAAGACCGACAAACACAGUCACCCACACCGAAGACCGACAAACAGUCACCCACACCGAAGACAAGCAAACAGAACGAGAGAAAAUAA